UUCUGUUUACUAUGAUGACACGAUUGCAAUACCUCUUUGUUUUGUCUUGUCUUGUUUCCUCGACCCACCGCAUACACCCCUUUGCGUUUACUAAUGUCUGGCGGUUACGUUCUUUCGUCUUUAUAUGUUGUUUUUCACGCGUUUAUGAGCAAUGGUAUGGUUUGGGCGGUUCGGUCUGGGGCGGUUAUCUGUUUUCUCUCUUUUUUUUUUUUUUUUUUUCUUUCUUUUUUUCACACUCUAUUUUUAUUUUCUUGCCUGCUUUUCUUACUGUUACUGGCUAGUACUUAUACAUAAGUGAAGCAGAGGAGCGUGGUGUACAUGGAAGUUGAAUGCUAUGUUACUGGGUUGCUGUCAG